CUUAAGGCCAUCAGCAGAUGGGAUGAGGAGGAAGAGGGAGGAGCAGGAGGGCACUUGCCGAGCAACUUAGCUAUGGCGACACCAAGAAGGACAACGAUGAAGACGACGACGACCACGAAGUCCGACGUGAUGUUGAUUAGCGACGAGCCGACGACGACGCCAGCGAAAACGGCAAGAACGGCGAUGGCAGAACCAACAGCGGCAACAAGUAUGACGACGACGACGACGCCGGCUAUGGCGAAACCAACUACGACAACGAGGACGACGACGACGACGAUGCCGUUGACUGACGAAGAGACGGCGACGACGCCGAUGACGUCAACGACAACGACGACGCCAGCUAUGGCCACACCAAGAACGAUGAAGAUGCCGUUGACGGACGAAGAGACCGCGACGCCGAUGACGACAACAACAACGACGACGCCGAUGACGACAACGACAACGACGACGCCGAUGACGACAACAACAACGACGCCGUCAGCUAUGGCGACACCGAGAACGACGACGAAGACGACGACCAGGACGACAACCCCGACGACAACAACAACGAAAUCCGAGGUCGUUUUGACCAAAGAGAUGAUCUUGAAGAGAGCAGGAAGUCGAAUGCCUCCGCCUCCUCCUCCUCCUCCUCUUCCUCCUCCUCCUUGUGCUGCUGCUGCUGGUCCUGCAGCUGCCGAUGCGCAGGUGGCGGGUAAACAACGCAAAACUUCGUCUGCUGUAGAAAAAGCUGACGUCAACCAAUUUUUGAAAAAAAUGACCCACCUCUUCAUGAACGAGAAGAGGGUCGUCAAGAUCGCUCAGGGGGCUCUGGAUGCUUGUGCCAAUUUGAAGGUGGCCUAUCUUUACGACAACUGCCUUCAGCGAAUCGAGGGGCUAAGCAACUGCAAGAACUUGACCCAUCUAUACAUCCAAGACAAUGAGAUAGACAAGAUGGAAGGGCUGGAAAGCCUCUGCCAUUUGCAGAAGCUAUACCUAGAAGGCAAUAGGAUAAGCAGACUGGAAGGGUUGAGCAGCUGUUCUCAGCUGCAAGAGCUGAACUUGUCGAGGCAGAGGGUGCCGAGUGGGCAAUCGUUCUCGUUCGAAGGAGCCAGCCUCGCAACACUCAGGUGCUGUCUGACCAUGCUCAAUGCAGCGGACUGCAGGAUUGAAAGCCUGUACCCUCUGUGCGGAUUUAGGUUUUUGGAGGAUCUUGACGUGUCACGGAAUCUUAUCCAGUCAGUGAAGGAGGUGGAUGACUUGGCAUCCUCUUGUGGGAAACUGGCUAGUCUGAACCUGACCGAGAAUCCGGUCGAAUCCUCGUCGAGGAAGUUCAGGGAUCGAGUCAUUCUGACGGCAAAGAACCUGAAGAUGCUGGACAACAAGGAGGUAUCACAGCAAGAAAGAAUGUUUCUACUGCAGUUGAAGAAGAUACAGGAGGAGAGGAGCAUGAGGAGGAGGAGGAGGGAAGAGAAGAAAGGGAGGAGCAAAGGCAGAGAAGGAGGAGAAGGAGGAGAAGGAGGAGAAGGAGGAGGGGACGAUAAUGAAGGAGAAGAAGGAGAAGAAGGAGAAGAAGGAGAAGGGGAAGGCGUUGGUGCUGCUAAUAGGCAAUUAGAAAACCAUGAGAAAGAAAACUGGCGGUGGGGACCACCACUCAGACCAGCGCAGUCGGCAUUCCCUCCAGGCAGAGUGUUCACGAGCAACAACCCUAGGGUAUUUACAAGCAAUCGGGAUCGGUAUACCUCUCUGACGACGAGGCAGACCCCAGCUUAUGCACCGAGAGAAGCGACAAAAAUGGGAGUGGCACUUGUCAAUUCACCGGUCAAUCUUCGUCGAUCUAAAUAGUAGAUAGUCAAUCCAAAUUCGGGGUAGCCAUGCACUCGUAGCAAUUCAAAGUGGGAGAGCCAUGCACGUCAUCCUAUUACACUGCGUGCGUGCAUGCAUGCAUGCACGCAUGAAAGUACGUGAGAUUCACGUGGUGGUUGCCCUGCUAAAUGCCAAGCUUUUCUUCCAGGGCUCAGUCCGUAAGACAACGGGAUUACGUUGUACGGUACUCUGUCCAAUCAAGUCUGUGACUGAGUUUUCCCGCCAAAAAAACAAAGCAGAGACCGUUGA